GCAUCGAGCGAGCUUAUGAGCAUAACUUCGGAGAUAGAAAGAGGCUAUGAGGAGAAUGGCCGAAUCUACCCGGCAUACGGCUCUCAUGAUUAUGGUUUCCUCAUUGACCAAGAUGAGUUCGAACGCUUGAAUUGUCAACACCUCAAAUACUUCCUUCUCUUGGAAAACAAGCUUUACCUCUCUCCGCUGCGAAGUGACAUUCAAAGGAUACUCGAUGUUGGUACGGGAACAGGUAUCUGGGCAUCGGAAAUGGCCGGAAAAUUCCCCUCUGCCGAAGUUAUCGGGACGGAUAUUGCCCCUGUGCAGCCAUACUGGUAUGCCCGAUCGGUGGAUGACUGCGAACAAGACUGGCACUUUAAAAAGGAGAGCUUCGACUUCAUCUACAACCGGGACUGCUAUCUCGGCAUUCGAGAUUGGCCUCGUUUGGUACGCCAAGCUUAUGAGCACCUCAAACCCGGUGGAUGGUUGGAGCUCGCUUGCGUCUGGCCAGUACCAAAAUGCGACGACGGGACGAUGCCAGAAGACGCCGCUCUAGUGAAAUGGUGCGAAGCUUUCAUAGAGAUUAGUCAAUCCAUGAACGCGGAUGCACAUGCUCCUCGUCAUUUUCACAGAUAUCUAAAAGAGGCGGGUUUCUCAAAUACUCAGGAAAAAGCUUUCAAAACACCUACUUCUGGAUGGCCAAAAGAUGAACGUCUUAAGAAGGUCGGAAAAUUGGAGAUGUGGAACGUCUUCCAUGGUGCCGAAACUGGGUUGUUAAGAGGUUUUAUGGUAGCCGGAAAGUCUCGGGAAGAGAUGGAGUCGCUCGCGAAGGGGAUUAAGGAACAGCAUUCGACGAACAAGAUGCACUGCUAUACCAUUUUCUACGUUGUGUAUGGCCAGAAACCAGAAAACGGCUAA